UUCAACGUUACAAUCACUCGGGUGCUUGACGAUAAUCAGGUAAACUCUGCAACUCUUCUCUCACGGGAUGACUGUGCAGUGGAAGUGUCUGAAGAAACACUCGCGAUGGGUCCCCGGAGAUCAAGAUACGGCUGCCGGAAUUGUAAGCUGAGGAAGACUAAGUGCGAUGAAAAGACACCACAAUGUGGCAACUGCCGCAAAUUUGGGGUAGUCUGCAAUUUCGACUUCAAGGUUCCAGAUCUCUUGCCGUUAGUUCAGAAUCGAACGAAACAGAGAGAAGGCCAUUCCAAGACGUUGUUACUAGAGCUCCCACUCAGUAGUGGUAUGUGGGUCUCGUGUGGAUCAGACACCUUCUCAUUGGAUCUGCAUGAUCAAGAACUCUUCCAUCGAUUUAGAUACCGAACUCUUUCCUCGCUUUGGGGCCUUUCUGCGGGACAUGUUUGCGCAGAUCGAACAUUUGGCGACUGCUUGAACUAUGGGUUCCUUAUGCAUGCCGUCCUGGCCGUGUCAGCCCUGCACGACCGCUAUCUAGGCGUCCAAACAGUGCACUACCAACCCGUCCGUCAGGCCUAUCACCUGUCACGAAGCAUCGCUCUUUUCAGAGAUUCACUCACCAACACCAUUGGAGAGGCCCAGAAAGACGCUGUGUGGGCCACUGCUGUUUUCCUGGCCAUUCUUACCAUGUCCUCCACAGUUGUCUCGUCUCCUUCGGAGUGUUGGCCACUAACAUCAUCCGACUCCUCCACCGUCGAGUGGCUCCGGCUGAAGGCUAGCGACAAAGCAUUGUGGACCAUUGCGGAUCCUCUACGGGCAGACAGUGCGUUCUCUACUAUGUCAGAUACUCUGUCGCAGAUGAAGCAAGAACUUCCUGCCAAAGGCAUCAGCGGUAUGCCCGCUCGACUUGCACAAGCCUGCCAUCUCAACGAGAAAUCCACUGAAGAAACAAAUCCCUACUUUCUGUUUGCACAUGGUCUCUCUAGGCUCAUUGGAGAGCCUCAAGGUGAAGCCUCCUUAGGUGUCGCUUUCAUACCAAUAAACAGCAUGUCUCCUACUUUUCGCACAUUGCUUGAAGAUAAAGAUCCUGUGGCACUGUUACUCCUUUGCUUGUGGUAUACGAGGGCCCGACAUUGUAAGUGGUGGAUUGAGUUUCGAGCUCGACAUGCGGUUCCGUCGAUCUGUGCCUACCUUCAGCACAAUCAUGCGGACCUCGACGCUGUGGAGAUGCUUGUGCUUGUCAGUUAGUAUCUCGCAUGCGCCGCUGCUCCCGUGUGUGGAGUUGUGCUGCUCAUCGUUGUUUGGUCGCCGUGAGCGCUAUCGCACACGCAGAGCAGAUGCGGGGUU